AUGGCUGCUGCUCAGAACAUCGGAAACUACGAGGGAUUCGACCAUGUCACCUUCUGGGUCGGAAACGCCAAGCAGGCCGCUUCCUUCUACACCACCCGUUUCGGCUUCAAGGAGAUCGCCUACUCUGGCCUCGAGACCGGCUCCCGCGACAUCUGCUCCCACGUCGUCCAGCAGGAUACCAUCACCUUCGUCUUCAAGUCACCCCUCAACCCCAACAACAAGGUCUUCUCCGACCACCUCGCCGUCCACGGUGACGGUGUCAAGGAUGUCGCCUUCACCGUUGACGAUGUCCACUCUAUCUACACCCGUGCCGUCGAGAAGGGCGCUCGCUCGGUCCAGGCUCCUCAUGAGUUGAAGGAUGAGCACGGUUCGGUCUGGUUGGCUACUAUUGCCACCUACGGUGACACCGAGCACACUUUCGUCCAGCGUAACGGUUACAAGGGUAUCUUCAUGCCCGGAUUCACCCUCCCCCGCAGCAAGGAUCCCCUCGAGGAGCUCCUUCCCGUCGUUGGAUUGAACUACAUUGACCACUGCGUCGGUAACCAGCCUGACGGUGAGAUGAUCCAAGCCUGCGAGAUGUACGAGCAGCAGUUGGGCUUCCACCGCUUCUGGUCCGUCGACGACUCCCAGAUCCACACCGAGUACUCGGCCCUCCGCUCCAUCGUCAUGGCCGACCCCACCGAGAAGGUCAAGAUGCCCAUCAACGAGCCCGCUGCUGGAAAGAAGAAGUCUCAGAUCACAGAGUACUGCGAGUACUAUGGCGGUGCCGGUGUCCAGCACAUCGCUCUCAACACCAAGAACGUCAUCCAGGCCGUCUCCAACCUCCGUGCCCGCGGUAUGGAGUUCUUGUCGGUUCCUUCGUCCUACUAUGAGAACUUGCGUCUCCGUCUUGCUCACUCUUCGACCAAGGUCCAGGAGGAUUUGGAGGUUAUCCAGAAGUUGAACAUCCUUGUUGAUUUCGAUGAGGGUGGAUACUUGCUCCAGAUCUUCACCAAGCCCGUUCAGGAUCGUCCCACUGUCUUCAUCGAGAUCAUCCAGCGUCGUGGUUUCGAGGGUUUCGGUGCCGGAAACUUCAAGGCCCUCUUCGAGGCCAUCGAGCGCGAGCAGGAGCUCCGCGGCAACUGCUAA